AUGAAAUCCGUCAGGAGGAUACUGCUCGGGGUCGUCGUCGCAGCCGUGCCUGCGCUCGUCGCAGCCUCGCAGAAUGCUUCCUACCCGACCGCCGACAUGUUGAGGGCGCAACUGGCUCUCAUGGGUGGCACCGAUCGCCCUGACGGCUGUCCUCCAUGCUUCAACUGUCUGCUCCCCGCCCAUACCUGCGCCCAGUACGCUGGUUGCAACGAAUUCAACGGCAUCUGUGAUUGCCCUGCUGGUUUUGGUGGCGAUGACUGCCUCAAGCCCCUUUGCGGUUCUCUGGCCCGUGGCCGCGACCGACCCAUGCGAUCCGGCGACAGCUGCGAAUGCGACGAGGGCUGGGGCGGCGUCAACUGCAACGUCUGUACUCAAGACUCCGCUUGCAACGCCUUCAUGCCCGGCGAGACUGGUGGUGUUUGUCACCGCACUGGUGAGCUCGUUCGUACCAAUCACCAAAUAUGCAAUGUCAUCAACAAGAUGAUCAUCCAACUGCUGGGCGACCAAAUCCCAGAGGUCACAUUUACUUGCGAUAAGGUGUCGGAAGAAUGUGACUUCCAAUUUUGGGUUGACCAGGUCGAGUCUUUCUACUGCCACCUCUCCGAAUGCGAGUCGAGCGCAACAUUUGGCGACACCACAAACAGCACAUCGUAUAAGUGCAAAAAGAUCCAAUGCACAUGUAUCCCCGAUCGUAUGAUGUGUGGCAAGGACGGUUCUAUGGACUUGACCGACUUCUUGGACGAAGCCAUCAAAGGCCCUGCGUCGUUCGAAUGCACCAACAAGAACGAUACGUCCCACAGCUGCGCGUUCAAAGAGCCUCAGAUGGACCAGCUCAUGACCGAUCUGCUAGGUGACUCGAGUAUCCUACUUACUUGUGGCGCAGGAGAGUGUAUGCACGAAACAGAGGUGCCUGGCUAUCGACGACCUGUCAAGCAAAUCAACACUCCCCUCAUCGCAGGUAUUAUUGCGGUCUGCGCCCUCUUCGUCGUUGCUGUUAUUGUCGUGACUUGGUAUCUGGCUCGCCGCAGACUGCAGUAUGGUGCCAUCCAUCUUGACGACUCCGACGACGAGAGCACCAAGCUCAUGGCCAACCACAAGCCUGCAUCACUUCAGUUUCAGAAUGUGUCAUACACUCUCAAUGGCAAGCAAAUUCUGAACGGAAUCCAGGGAAUUUGUCAUCCAGGCGAGGCAACCGCUAUCAUGGGUGCGUCCGGGGCUGGCAAGACUACAUUCCUCGAUAUUCUUGCGCGAAAGAACAAGCGCGGCCAAGUGUCUGGUGAUUUCUAUGUCAACGGCGAAAAAGUCCUGGAUAAUGACUACAAAAAUGUCAUCGGAUUCGUCGACCAAGAAGACACGAUGCUUCCGACUUUGACGGUGCACGAGACCAUUCUGAACAGUGCUCUACUAAGAUUGCCUCGCGACAUGACCCGCGCCAGCAAAGAGCAGCGCGUGUUUGAAGUAGAAAAGGAACUUGGUAUUUACCACAUCAGAGAUUCUCUUAUUGGAUCUGAGGAAGGCAAGGGUCGCGGCAUCUCUGGUGGCGAAAAACGACGUGUUGGAAUCGCCUGCGAGUUGGUCACCAGCCCUUCCAUCCUCUUUCUUGACGAGCCGACAAGCGGCUUGGACGCCUUCAACGCUUAUAACGUUGUUGAGUGUCUUGUAACAUUGGCUAAAAACUAUCAGCGAACCAUCAUCUUUACCAUUCAUCAGCCACGCUCCAACAUUGUCGCCUUGUUUGAUCGACUGGUCCUUCUUGCAAAGGGCAAGACCGUUUACUCUGGCAAAUUUGUGGAUUGCCAAUCAUACUUUGACAACAUUGGUUAUGAAUGCCCGCCCGGGUUCAAUAUUGCAGAUUACCUUGUCGAUCUUACGAUGCAUGCCAGUCGUUCCGAGUCCUUCGAUGACGGCACUGUUGGUGCUGAUACCGCAAGUGUUGGGCCAAGCAGCACUAGAGCCGUCAAAUCGAUUGCUAGUGUCUCCGGAGGCAGCAUUGGAGAUGAGCCAUCCGAGAGCUCGUCUUCUCGACCCAGAGCCAAGCGCUCCGACUCUAUUCGCACUCGACAAGAACGCGAGCUCUUUACACGCAGGCGCACUGCAGACACUGCUGCAUCUUCGGAUGCUGGGGGCGAGGAAAUUGGAGCCUACAAGCUCCAGAAACAUCCCGUCACCGCCCUCGGACAGCUUCCAGAAGAUCACCACGACCUACCACCUCAUGUGUCGUCUGCCACCGACCUCGAUCUUCUAUCAAACGCGUUUGCCGAGUCUCAUAUUGCCACCAGCACCAGAGAGGAAAUUCAGCAGUCGGUUGCCGCUGCCCGAGAUGCCAAUGGCUCAAACGCGAACGGGUACUCUGUGGACGGGCCGAACAUCAAUGUCAGCGCUGUCGGAAAGGGCUACAAUCGCAUCAGCUACCCUCGCCAGUUCAUCAUUCUUUCACACCGAACCUUCAAGAAUCUCUACAGAAAUCCGAUGCUGAUGCUGACUCACUACGCCAUUGCCAUUGUUCUUGCAGUCUUUGCUGGAUUCCUUUUCUAUGGCCUCACCGAUGAUAUUCCUGGCUUCCAGAACAGACUCGGUCUCUUCUUCUUCCUCCUGGCAUUGUAUGGUUUCAGCACGCUCACAAGUUUGACCGUCUUUGCGAAUGAGCGGCUGCUCUUCCUGCGUGAACGAGCUAAUGGGUACUACUCGCCGGCCACCUAUUUUGCAGCCAAGGUGCUUUUCGAUAUUGUUCCCCUGCGAAUCAUCCCGCCUAUUCUGAUGGGCUCCAUUCUGUAUCCGAUGACUGGUCUCGUGCCCGACUUCCCUCACUUCAUCAAAUUUAUCAUUGUACUAGUCCUCUUCAACCUCGCAGCCGCGGCCAUUUGCCUGUUCAUUGGCAUCAUCUUCAAGGACGGCGGUGUGGCGAACCUCAUCGGCAGCCUGGUCAUGCUGUUCAGCCUCCUAUUUGCCGGCUUUCUGCUCAAUCGUGAGAAGAUCCCAGCCAGUGCUGCUUGGCUGCAGAGUAUAUCGAUCUUCCACUAUGGCUUCGAAGCGCUCAUCGUCAAUGAAGUAGUCGAGCUUACUCUCAUUGACGAAAAAGUCGGCAUUCCAAUCAAGGUACCUGGCGCCACGAUCCUCAGCACAUUUGGCUUUCAGAACGGUGCUUUGUGGUAUGAUAUCCGCAACUUGGGCAUUUUUGCAGCUGCCUUUAUCGUCCUGGCUUAUGCUGCCAUGCACGUACUUCUUGUUGAGCGCAGAUAA